CCGCAAUCGAUUAUAAAACAUCGAUAUUUUACGACUUAUCGUCGAUAACAUCGAAUAUCGAUGAAUAACGGGCAUUCUUAGUACAUAAGUAAUUGUUUACGAAAUUUGCGCCAAACUUGCAAAUCAAGCAAAAUUUAUUUUUUACCAUUCGCCAUCGAUUUAUAAAGCAUAUAAGCGUAAAAUUUUAUGUAGUUGAAUACAAACCUUAAAAUAUGGAUGAAAUACGAUAUAUCAAGCGGAAGGAGAAGGCGCGAAAUGAGGGCAACAGUCAGCAACUGGCUAUUUGUUGCAAUAAUUUGGGUGACUACUACAAUCAACAAGGUAAAUAUAGAAAUGCGGUCAAUGAGUACCUGCAAGAAGCCGAAAUUUAUGCGAAACUGGGUAAGAAGUUGGAAAUGGCGAAAGCGCAUCGAAUGGUUGGUGAAAUGUUUAUGCUGAUUAGUGAGUUUGGCAAAGCCAAGGAACAUAUAAACUUAUACCUCGAUAUCGUAAAGAAGUUACACAAUAAAGUUGAAGAGCAGAGGGCUUAUGCCACUUUAGGACGUGCCCACCUGUUGCAUGGCCAAAGCACUGUUGAGAGUUCGGCGUCUACUACAAUGGAGCAAUUGCGGCAAGCCGAACGUGCAUUUCUCAAGAGUUUACUCUUAAUUAAGGAACUUUCAGGUCAGAUUUCGAAACUGGAGCAGUUGGAUAUGCAAGCGCGCUGCUACCUAAACAUUGGCGUUGUAAAAGAGCAUAUGGAAGAAUUCGAAGAGUCAAUUUCAUACAUUGAAAAAGCUAUAAAAAUAACUAAAUUGAACGAUAUAUUCGAAUUGACACACUUAUGUUACAUUUCGAUGAGUCUGCUAUAUUUCUACAAAAAACAUGACUCGACAUUAGCGCUACGUUAUUGUAACCUGGCUUUGGAAGUUGCGAAACGUUUACCGAAUAGGGUCAAAAAAAUUUGCGAAACGCUCAUUACAAAAUCUGAGAUUUUAAUUAAAGAUAGUGACUUUGCAAGUGCAAAGCAAAUACUAACUAAAGCAUAUAAAAAGAACACACCUGACGAGAACGAUCGGAUCACAAUUGAAAAAUCGCUGCGAGUAGUCGUUAAAAUAUGUCAAAUUUUGGAUGAAUUAGUCACUACCAGCUCAGUUGACUAUGCAAAGCGUAAAAGUUUGUUUGAGAAACUUGGUGAUGGGUGUUGUCAAUUGCAAAACUACUCUAAAGCUAUUGAGUAUUACCAGCAGAUGUUGAACUGCGCUGAAAAAAAUGCAGAGCCCGAAAAAAACCUAAUACCGAUUUAUGUGAGCCUCUAUCAGACUUACAAAGAUAAUAAAGAAUAUGACCAGGCACUGGUCUACUUAUGGAAGGAAUAUGAACUGAAUAGAGAUGUACCCUCGGAAGCAUUCUCUACACUCUGUACCAUUGCUGAAGUGUGCGAGCAACAGCGACAAUCUUUUUGGACAAUACAGGACAUAUACCAAAAAGCGAAGCAACAAGUAGCCAAAAACGGAAGUGAUCGGGAAAGGAUAAAGCAUGAGCGUAUCGUUUUUGUGCGCCUUAAGCGGUUGAUGCUGAAGCACAAAAUGCAAAUGCUGGCUGAUGAACUGUUGGAAGAAGCAAAAGAAAAAGGGAUACACUUAAAUCUUGACGACGAUGGUAGUGAUACUGAAUCAGAUGCCGACCCGGCAGCAAGUAACGAGGAAAAUACCCCCGAACUGGGCGAUGACGUUUGCCUUGAUGAUCUCACUGACUCGGAUAUGAGCGAUUUAGAUGAGACUGAAAAACCAAGGCCACAUCGGGUAACGCGGGGAGUGCGCGCUCUGACAGUUAAGCGGAAUAAUAAAGGAGAAACUCAGUUGCACCAGGCGUGCAUAGCGGGAAAUAUAGAACUAGUGCGCCGACUGCUCGAUCAGGGGCACGUAGUAAAUGUGCGCGAUCACGCCGGUUGGAUUCCUUUGCAUGAAGCCUGUAAUCAUGGUUAUCGCGAUAUAGUAGAACUGUUACUAGAUCGCGGGGCAGCUGUUGCUAUUAACGAUAAAGGCGGUCUGAGUUGUGAUGGCAUAACUCCACUUUACGACGCCUGUUCGAAUGGGUUUCUUGAUGUAGUUGAACUUUUAUUAGACCGUGGCGCUGAUGCUGCUAUUAAGACAGAUUUCGGUGAAACAUGUUUCAAUGGUUUAGAUAAAUGGAGGCGUUCAGCUCCUUUAACUGAGGGUGAACAAGCGCAGUAUGAAAUGAUUAGAGAGAGAUUAUUGACCACACUUUCUAAGACCGGAAUUUGUAAGAAACCAUUAGCUCCUCUAACAAAUGCGCAAGUUGAAUCUGCAUCAGAAGAGGGUUCAGAUAGUGGUGAUAGAACGCUGGUGGAAGAAGAAUUGCGUAGUAACGGUCGUGUACGUACUAGUUUGAAUCGUUCUGGCGAAAACAGAAGAAUUUCGAAGGAGCAUAAGAAAAAGUCGCCCAGAGACAAAUCUGCUGGUGUGGAGUAUAAAACAAUAAUGGCCCAAUUGAAGCACCCGAAUCGUGCAAACGCUCUUGAUGAUGAUACUUUUGAGAGCUUAAGCUGUGGUCCCAGUACUUCCAAUGCACAGAAAUCUCGACGAAGCGCUUUACUGGAUGAAGAUGAAGUAGAUGAUGAGAAUUGGCUAAUCGAUGACAUAGGCCCAGAACGCAAAAAGCGACGUUUCCACACACCUACCAAAGAAGCAGCAUCGUCAUCAAAAGAAAAUUUAAAUGCUGAAUCAGGAAAUUCGACUUGGUCUGCAGAUGAUCUAUUAGCAGCCGAUGAUGCUUUUCAUGUACUCUUCGAUGCAGCAACCGGUUCCACGAAGUCGCAACGUCAAAAACAGACACGAAAAUUACGUUUAUCAGGUUCGUCCAAUAUUAGCACCAGCUCGAAUUUAUCGAACAGUAAACAAAUUAAAGCAAAGCAUCAAUCAUCUUUGCUUGAGAAUGGUUUCUGUCGCUUUCGCAGUGAGAGUCCACGAUCUAUAGAAGAUUCUUUUGAUGUGGCAACAACCAAUUCAUUUACAAAUGAGCCAGACUCAACAACCUCCAUACAUCUACUCAUAUCCCCUUCAAAAUCAUCACCAGUUAAAAUACAAACAACGCAAGUUAUUCCAACAACAAUUUCAUUUAAAAUAAAAGUAGAAAAUGAAUUGUUGUUAGUGCCAGUUGAACGUAAGAAGUUGAAUGAUGUUAAUAUACGCUGGUUGGCUGAGGAGGCAGCACGCCGAUAUUACAACUUAGUGGGUUUAAAACCAGUGCUGCGUUUGAAGACCGCAGAUGGAUUUGCAUACGAAGAGAAUGAUUCAGUAAAUGUGGCGGUCGAGCAGAAUAUGAUUUUAGCAACGGUGCUGGACUGGCAGAUAGCACCGCUUGCUGAGCGCUACGAAGAAAUGUGCCAUCAGAUGAAGAAGGAUGUCAAUAGCGAAAUACUGUCCGCUUUGGAGCAAACACAAACGACAAAUGUUAUCUGCCUAACUGAUUGUUGGUUACCACCGCCCUUGACCGAACCGUUCUUCAAAGCUGUGCUGCACCAGAGUAAUUUACGUGUCAUAAAUUUAAGCCAUAAUUUUAUACAAAACGAAGGCUGUCGGCAGUUAGCUAAACCCAUACCAACAUUAAAACAGCUCAAAACACUAAACUUGCAAGGUAAUUUUAUAACUGCUGAAGGUGUAGAUAUUUUGCUCUCAACGCCAGGCGGACUUGAGGAACUGGAGGAAUUAAAUUUGAGUCAAAAUCCACUAGGCAAUGGCAGCUUGCGGAUGCUGGAACGUUUUUGCAACAGCAGUGCUGCAAAAUCGUUACAGACACUUUCGUUAUCAAAUUGUAAUUUAACAAAUUUGUACGACUAUGACCUGGCCUUUUUUCAAUUGACUGCCAUCGAUUUGAGUUAUAACAAACUCACGGAUGAAUCGUUGCGUAAACUUUUAACCAAAUUAAAUGCAUCACGCUUAAGAGAGUUAAAUUUGAGCUAUACGCAAGAGAGUACCUGUGCGGAUGAGCGUAAUGCCGUUACGAAUGCAGAGCAAAUAACAGUGUUUUUUGAGAGUGGCACAUGCGAGAAGUUUCGACGCGUUCAACUCUGUGGCUGCCAUUUGAGCGACAUGAAUAUGUACAAAAUAACUCAGAAUUUACAAAAAGCAAACGAUUUAGAACUACUUGAAAUAAGUGAUAAUACAAAAUUAACCGGAGCUGCCUUACAAAUGGUGUUUGCUAAAUUACCCCAAUUACGAAAGUUGUGCGCGAUAAAUUGUUUACAUGUUUUAGAUGACGAACGUUUGGAGAAAUUGGAACAGUGCAAGCAAAUACCAAAUUUUCUAUCGUUCACAUUGGAGGCCAAUAAAGACGAUUACGAACGGCGUUUGCGUCAUCUGUGGCAUUUGCAUUGGGGCGACAAAGCGCAUAUAAAAGCCUACUCCGAUUGCAUAUUGAUGUAUAUAAAUGAGCAGGAUCUCCAGCAACAUUGGUAACUAAUGCCAACCAGUUACUAGCGAAUGGUCACGUUAAUAUCUGCCUAUAGAUAGAUAGAUAGAUUAUAUAUUUUUUAAAUCAUCCAUACAUAUGUAUGUAUACGUGUUUAAAGAGAAUUUUUAUUCUGUUGAAUGUUUUAAAUGUUUCGUGUGUUGUUCUGGGUGACUUCCAUUGUUAAAAAUAUGUAUGUUUUAGUACGAAUAGCUUGUUACGAGCAAUCAUAAUUUUGCCUGAUAAGUAUUACAAUUAAAUAUGUAUGUAAAUAAAAUUUGAAAAUAUAAUGGCGUCAAUUGCAUUUAAUUUGAAUGUAUUUCAUCUUUGAGCUUUUCAAAGAGUUUUAAAUUACAUACAUAUGAGCCGUUUAUUUUGAAAGUGGCAUUAAUUACUUUAUUUUAA